CAGGUACCCGCGGGAAGGACCACACUAGACCGAUGUCUGAUACAGGUUCUUUAUUAUUCUUAGUCUGGUCUUACUUUCUCUAGGAACACCAGGCAAAGGGGGCAGCUCAUUGGAUUCGCCAUGGAGAUCCUCGUCGUCUGACUCAGACGACCAGUGCAGACCGAGCCUCGGCCCUGGAGCCCGCGGCGCAAGCCGGCCCAUGGCUGCAGCUGGGGACGCAGGAUCGGGUUCCAGGGGUGAGAGCAUGGUAUCACCAGAAACCCGCGCCUACGCACUGAGAGUCACCUCAGCUCUCGCAGGGAACAAGCAGCGAGACCAGGGUCCGGUCACAUGACCGGAUUGGCUCCACGACACGCCCCUGCCACAACGCCAGAUACCGGCUUCUGAGAAGACAGUGCAUGCGCACCACGCGUCUCUUCCCCGGCUGCACUAUCCCUCUUGGCGAGGUCGAAGGUCAUUCUGAAGGUGGCUCCGAGGCACUGCUGAAGAAAGCCUUGCUUCUUUUUUUUUCAGAGCUAACUGACUUUGCUCUUGAUAACGUAACUAGGGGUCCAAAGGAAACAGAAUUUCAGAAAACGAAGGAAGCUUGUUUAAACUACAUUCAAGAUGCCCUGUUGCAGAACCAGUGGCAGAGGGCUGCAGAGUUCAUGAUUAGCUACUUGGAGAUAUUGGAAACAAGUACAGUGAGUAAACGGAAAACUGCUCCAGAGGCGAUUUGGAGAAUAGGAACUGAAAUUCUGCUUCAUCAUUCCAAGAGCAACAUAGAAGAGCUCAACUACUUUACUGAGCGGAUGAAAAAUUUAGGAGUAAAAUAUUAUUUAAAGGUUUGUUUAGAACACAUCUUUUAUCUCCUGUGUAAUGGAUUGAUAGAUGAAGCCUACCAAAACCUUACCCUGGCAGAAAGCUGGAGGUAUGGAGAACAAACUGCUGCUCAGAAUGAUGAGCUGAAACUCAUUCAAGCUUACAAGGGUCUCCUGGACUACUAUAACUGGUCUAAGAAGAGAAAAGCCAUGUUAGAGCUUGAUGAAGAAAAUUUUACAGACUCCUCUGAACAAGAAAUGCACAACUUUUUUCGGCAAGCAGCAGUGAAUCUUAAGGAGAUAAUUAAAAUACCUGGAGUUUGGGAUCCUUUCGUGGUGUCCUAUGUGGAUCUGUUGGAAUUUUAUGGAGAUUAUGAUGAAGCCCGGGAAGUCUUAACUGAAUAUGCCUACAACUCCAAGUUUCCUCCCAAUCCCAAUGCUCAUGCUUACCUCUAUCAUUUCCUAAAGAGACGGGGCGAAUCCAAAAAAUCACUGGUAUCUGUUCUCAAGAUUUUGCACAAGACCGUUCCCUCUCAUGAACUAAUGUUAGAAUUUUAUACCAUGCUUAAAAAAUCAAAAAAAGAUAAAAAACGUCGAUUGGGGCUGGAAGUUAUUUUUGAAGUUCUGGAUUUUGCUGGCUGGAAGGAAAAUGUAAAGGCUUGGAGUUGUUUAGCGGAACAGAUUAAACAGAUCCUGGAGAACUCUAACAAGCAUCUUGACUGGGUAAAGGAGGAAUGGAACUCCAGAAAGGACUGGUGGCCAGCCUUUCACUUCAGCCACUAUUUGGCUAAAAGAAAUUGGCAGGAAAAUGAAAAACUUGCUUAUGAAAAAGCAUUGCUGGCUGGAAUCUUAUUGGGAAAAGGUCUGCUCAUGGGGCAUCCCCAGUGCCUGGACUAUGGACCUCCUUUUCAGCCUCCUUUACACCUGGAAUUCUGCUCUGCCUAUGAGAAGUUUGGCUGCUGUGACCAGGAAAAGGACAACAGCAUUGCAGCAAAAUACUGGGAGAUCAUGGAUUACAUUAGUCCCCAGGGUCACAGGCUGUGUGGAAGGUAUAUAAAGGAUAUCCUAUGUCAGGAAUGUUCCCCAUAUGCAGCUCAUCUCUAUGAUGCUGAAAAUCCUCAAACACCUCUUAGGAACCUCCCAGGACUUUGCUCUGACUACUGCUCUGAGUUUCAUUUUAACUGCCAUUCUGCUAUCACGCUGCUGACUAAUGACAAACACAUCCAGGAGUGCUGCGAGAGGAACAAGACCCGCUUCUGUAACCUCCUAAACCUGCAGGAUCAAGACUACUGUUUUCCCAACGUCCUAAAAAACACAGACCUAAAUCGGAACCUGGGAUCGGUGGUGGAGGACCCCAAGGGCUGCCUUCAGCUGUGUCUGACAGAAGUUGCAAAUGGGUUGAGAAAUCCAGUACUGAUGGUACAUGCUAAUGAUGACACUCACCGUAUGUUUAUAGCUGAACAGGUGGGAAUGGUCUGGGUCUACUUGCCAGAUGGGAGCCGGCUGGAGGAGCCUUUUCUGGAUAUCAAGAAAAUAGUGUUGGCUUCCCCAUGGAUAGGGGAUGAAAGGGGUUUCCUAGGAAUGGCUUUUCACCCCAAAUAUAAAUACAAUGGGAAAUUCUAUAUCUAUUAUUCAUAUAUGGACAAGAAAGUGGAAAAAAUCAGAAUCAGCGAACUGAAGGUUUUGGCAUCUGACGUCAAUAAAGCUGAUCCACAUUCAGAAAGGAACCUUUUAGAACUUGAAGAACCAGCUGCAAAUCAUAAUGGGGGGCAGCUCCUCUUUGGUGUGGAUGGCUACAUGUAUUUGUUUACUGGGGAUGGAGGAAAAGCUGGGGACCCUUUUGGAAAAUUUGGGAAUGCUCAGAACAAGAGUACUUUAUUAGGAAAAGUUUUGCGAAUAGACGUGGAUGGAAAAAACCCAGGUGGAAAGCCUUAUCACAUCCCACCAGAUAAUCCCUUUGUCUCUGACCCUAAGGCUCUCCCUGAGAUCUAUGCCUAUGGGGUCAGGAAUAUGUGGCGCUGCACUGUUGACAGAGGGGACCCAGUCACCGACAAAGGAAGAGGGAGGAUAUUCUGUGGUGACGUUGGACAGAACAGAUUUGAAGAAAUUGACAUCAUUGUUAAAGGAGGGAACUAUGGCUGGAGGGCUAAGGAGGGAUUUGAAUGUUAUGACACAAAACUGUGCCGUAAUUCCUCCCUAGAUGACAUUCUUCCAAUAUUUGCAUAUGGCCGCAAGGUGGGGAAGUCGGUCACUGGAGGAUAUGUAUACAGGGGGUGUGAGUCACCAAACCUGAACGGCCUCUAUAUUUUUGGUGAUUUCAUGAGUGGUCGACUUAUGGCUUUACAGGAAGAUGAGAGGACAAACAAAUGGAAAAAGCAAGAUAUUUGCAUUGGUAGCCCUAAAGCCUGUGCUUUCCCUGGGCUGAUCAGCUCUUAUAACAAAUUCAUCAUCUCAUUCGCUGAGGAUGAGGCAGGGGAACUUUAUUUUAUGGCUACAUCGUAUCCCAGUGCUUAUGCACCCCAUGGAUCUCUCUACAAAUUUGUUGAUCCUGCAAGGAGAGCUCCACCAGGGAAGUGUAAGCAAAAACCUGUUCCAGUGAAAACAAAGAGUAAGCAUGUACCAUUUGUUCCACUUGCAAAAACAGUCCUUGAGCUGCUUAAUGAACCAUCAACAACCAAGCCUCCUAAAAAAUCUUAUGCCAAAAAAAGCAAGAAGCCUGUUUCCACCCAGACCAAGGGAUCAGCAGUAAAAAAGAAACAGAGUGGGCAGGCAUCUCAGAAAACCAAGGCCAGAACAUCCAAGCCUAAUUUAGAUCUACCAAAGCAGAAGGCAAAGACUCCAAAGGUUUCACCAAAGACUAAAGGCUCCCAGUUUAUCAAAACCAAGAAGAAACCUUCCCCUCUCCCAAAGAAAAGAGCAGCUGAGGAGAAAAGCCAGAAGAAACAAAAAGGGGCGAGAUCACGGAGCCGCCUGUGAGCUCAUAGGAGCUAUCACUGAGCUCAAAAUAAACUGAGUCAGAUGAUGAACUUGCUGAAUAUUUCCAUCAGAGACCUAAUUAACUGAAUCGGAUCAAUGUUAUGACUCCUGUAUUUUCAUAAAUAUAUAUUGGGCAUAUUCAGCUUUCAUGCAAACAGGUACUACUGCAUUACCUUUAGUGCAAAUGAUUUGUAUGUUUUAUUAAGACUUCAUUGGCACAGGUUUUCCCAGCCUGCUAAGUUUCAUGUUCCUCACAACUCUUGCUCUGAGGGACAGCUCUUCAUGUCAGUAGCUGUGUGAAGCCUCUGUUGAUUCAAUGUUAGUCCCAAAGGUAGGAGUAGAUAGGCUGUAGUUUUAAGUGAUUUUUGCAGCCUAGCUGAGACAAAAGUGCAGGACUGGGCUACAAAAGUCUAUCAAGGAGCUGAGAUGUUUGUUAGAUAUGUGUUUUGAUCAUAGAAUAUGGAAUAAACUCCUUAAGUUGGCCUGAUUUUUGUUUCAGUCAGUAUUCUUGCUUUUAAGGUCCCUUGACCAAUGAAUUUCUUAUCUGUCAUAAAAUAUGUUAUAAAGAAUGUCGCCUUCUAUUAAAUGCCAUAGAACAAAA